CUCUCAAAUCCAGAUGUGCAAGAGGAAAGACCAGAGGAAGAUCCAGAUGUUUCUCCACCCCCAAAAAGACCCAAAAGGACCCCAAAAUCCCCAGGAAUUCCAGAUGUGAACCCAGAGCCCCCCAAUCCAGAUGUUUUGGGACCCAAACCCCCAGAAGAGGAGGAGGAGGAUGCAGAUGUGGCCACCCAGCUGUUCCUGCCCCCUCAGCCAGAUGUGGAAGGAAAAGAAGAGGAUGCAGAUGUUUGUCCACCCCCAAAAAGACCAAAAAUGUCCCCAAAAUCCCCAGGAAUUCCAGAUGUGAGCCUAAAACCUUCCAAUCCAGAUGUUUUGGGACCCCCAGGCCCAUCCAGAGCUCCAGAUGUGGCCCCAAAACUCUCAAAUCCAGAUGUGCAGGAGGAAAGACCAGAGGAAGAUCCAGAUGUUUCCCCACCCUCAAAAAGACCCAGAAGGACCCCAAAACCCCCUGGAAUUCCAGAUGUGGCCCCAGAGCCUUCAAAUCCAGAUGUUUUGGACCCACAACCCCCGAGAGAAGAUCCAGAUGUUGCUCCCCCCCCUAAAAAAAGGCCCAGGAGGGCCCCAAAACCCCCGGGAAUUCCAGAUGUGACCCCAAAUCCAGAGUUGCGUCGCAGCCUCCGAUUGGCCGGGAGGCCCCGAGGGGGCGGAGCCUCCGCUGACCCCACCCCCUCUAAAAAGGGGCGUGGCCAACCCACCCCCAAGCCACGCCCACCCAAGAAGAGGAAGCUCCAGGAGGAGGAGCCUGAAGAGGAGGGGGCAGAGCCUGAAGAGGAGGGGGCGGAGCCUGAAGAGGAGGGGGCGGAGCCUGAAGAGGAGGGGGCGGAGCCUGAAGAGGAGGGGGCGGAGCCUGAGGAGGAGGAAGGGGCGGGGCCAGCAGGGGGCGCCCGGCGCAGGCUCCGCCCCCGCGCGGCCAAAGACCACGCCCACGUGAGG